AUGACCGAUGUCCCACAAUUGGGAAGAAUAGUCCUUAACAGCUGCCAUCCUAAUGCAUCAGAAGAUAUGCGGAGGAGAAUAUUACCUAGGUUACAUCAAGACGAUGUAGCUGAUAUUCUCUCAUUAGACGAUCUUCUCAUCAUAUAUGGAAACAACUUGUGCGAGAAGUACAAGGAGCAGCAUCUUGCCUUAAUGAUAAAGAGCCGCUUAAGAUUGAUGACACGCGUCUACAUUGCAGCGAAAGCAAUUAAUUACACCAUCUUAGACUUGAAGUCUAUGAUAAAUCCACAGAUGUAUAAAACGUUUAUUCAAGCAAUUCACAAAGUUGCUGAAUUUGAUGAGGAAACGGAUCGAUAUAAAAAACCGAAUGUCGCUAGCAGCAUCCGAACUUUGAUGAAAGAUAUUGUCGACAUCUUCAUAAAUAAGUGCAUAAUGACCAUGGAGGAUAAAAAACAAAAAACGGCAGGAAAUUUUCUACACUUGCAUUCCAAGCUCUUCCGAAUAAGAGUUAAUAACACAGCGAAAAAUUCGAAAAUCGAAUUAAAUAGAAGAAAAAUUAUUCAGCUUCCAAGCCUCCAUGACAUAAAAACAUUGCUGCAGUAUACGAAAAGCUUAAGACAUAGCGCCCUCAAGAAAUCGGACGCACAUGGGUUUUCGUACCCUGUCUUUAAAGUGCUUGCGGAGACAUGCCUUCUGGGCAUGAUGAUUUUUAAUCAACGAAGACCAGGAGAAAUGCAGAUGGUGGAAGUUCAGGAUUUUAAACUGCAUUCGACAAUCGAUGAGCGCACAAAUAAAGAGCUGUUCCAAUCGAUGAGCAAACAAGCACGAAAAGCUCUCGUGCAAUAUGUGCGCUUUUCCAUCAGGGGAAAAUUAAAUCGACCUGUUACAGUUGUACUCUGCCAGGAUUUACUCCACUCCGCGAAAACUAUCCUUCAUCAUAGAGAAGAAGCAAACAUACCGGCAAGCAAUAAGUAUAUUUUUGAGCUUCCGAGUCAGGAUGCGAAAAAGGACAAGCUUCUCGAUGCUUGUCACUUGAUGAGGAAGUAUAGCAAAGCAUGCGGAGCGAAAGAGCCUCAUCUUUUAAGGGCAAAAAAAUUAAGGAAACAUAUCGCAACAACAUGUCUUCAGCUGAAGGUUACGGCGAUGGCGAUGACGAAGACGAGUUUAUUGAGAAAGAACGCGAUAGUGAUCAAGACUCGCUUGUUGACGAAGCAGGUGUCGCACCAGAUGAAGGUUUGGAGAGGGAGGAUUCAUAAAUAG